UUUUUUUGUUCUAAUUCAGGCACUGUAUGUGUGUAGCAGUAUCUCACUGAGAAUCAUUACUCAGCUACAGAUCCUGUCAGCUCUUUGGAGCUUUUUAGCAUCUUUUAGCUCAUUAUUUUGGUCUUUCUAGCAGUAUGUAGCUAAACAUUACUUGCUCAGCACCAAAUAGCAGACAGACAAAGUUCGAGACUAGCUGGUGAGCAUGGUGGAGCAUUUAGCAGCUAAAGAGCCAUAUAUUUUUCUCAACUGGUGGUAGAAUACUGGACUUACAUCCGUUGGGUGGACAGAAACACAACUCUAAAUGAAUGUUCCUCUGCUUCUGCUGGAUUUGUAAAUGGGCAACAGUUUGCUAACUUUUCUACAUAACUUUAUAAGGUGUUUAAUAUGUCUGUUUUGUUCCGCUGCCCCCAAGUGGACAAAAAAAUGUACUAUUAAUGCUGCUUCAAGGUGAAAUGAGUGUCUACUUCUAGUAGAAUUUGAGCACUUUGUCAUUUUAACAAAGCACAAUAAAACAAAUUGCCUUAGCAUUCAAGAACUUAAGCUCCAGUGAGACAAAAGGUCUUGUUACCGAAUACUAACCUGAUGCUAAAAAAUAGCUAAAAUACGAAGGUCUUCAAAUAUUGAUAGUAUGGAUCGAAAACCAAAACCUCUUAUCAGUCACAGAUACUGUUGGAAAAAAUUUAAAACAGCACUAGGUCAUAAAUGUAUGUAAACAUAUCUAUUUUACAAAAACAUGUAGGACCUUCCAAAAAAAAAAAAAAAAGUAAUCCCUCUCAAUCAUUACUUAUGACCCUCUAGAAAUGUGUGGCAGUGUCUGUAUCUGCAGAGACCGUGCCCAAGUCCACCAUAAUUCUAAAAACAAACCUAAAGCAGCAGGAUCUAGAAAUAAUGAUGAUUGUUGGAGCCAUUACACCACUUUGUUUUGUUUGUAUAGGCUACCAUGUUGGUUAUGUCAAUUAAUGUGCAGUUUUAUGUUUGAGCACUGGGUAGAGCACUGCCUUUGGGAAGGCAUAAAUGUAAUUAGCCACAGGUACACAGGUGUGUCGAAAACGGGAAAGCAGAAAGCUUUUCAAUGUGUUUGUUAUGUCAGUGUUUAAGUUGUUUGACAAGGAAAAUGAAUGGAACUAAACCAGAAAUGAAAUGGACAUGCUUGUGCAACGGUAAGCAGGCCGUUAAGGGAAAUAAAUGGGUCACAGCACCGAAAUGCAGACCAAUUGUGGACAUUGAUUAUUGGCACGCAGAACACGCGUCUGUUGGUUAUGAAAGUAAGUUAUGAAAACAGUAUCACAUGACAUGCAGCUGGCCUAAAUACACUGAAAAAGGUGAAGUGACUAGCCUGUUUUCUAUUUUGAAACAUGUGACAUUUGAGCCUAGUAAGUUGUGCAAUACUAUAGCACAGCCAACUGAAGCACUGUCCAUUUCACCUGGUAAUGUAGUAGAGAUAAGACAGUGUUUACAUCUUGGGGAAUAUUGAAAGAAAUCCAAAUGCACCAGCUGAACUCGGAUAGAUGAUUGAAAAGACUACAGGGACUACAUAGAUGUGGAUUUAAGUUGAUGGAAACCUCAGAGAAGAUGUUUAACUGGGACGAGGAGUGGAACAUCUCUUUUGCAGGCUGUGGAUUCAGAUGUGUUUACUACCUGGGAGCUUUGAGCUGUGUCCUUGAGCGGGUCCCGCAGCUUGUUCAUAGAGCCUCUAAGAUCUGCGGAGCUUCAUCUGGCUGUCUCGUGGCUGCAGCUCUGGCUGUUGGGAUUCCCAUCGAGCAGUUCUGUGUUGAUGUUUUGACCGUGGCGAAAGAGGCCAGAAAACACACGCUGGGAGUUUUCCACCCGACCUUCAGUCUGCUGCGGACGGUACGGGACACCCUGCUGGAGAAGCUUCCAGCAGACGCCCACCUCCGUGCGUCCGGAAAGCUCUGCGUGUCCCUCACCAGACUGGCUGAUCGGAAGAACGUUUUAGUGUCAGAGUUUGACAGCAGAGAGGAGCUGAUUCAGGCUCUGAUGUGCAGUUGCUUUUUCCCUGUUUACUGUGGUUCCAUCCCUCCUUCGUACCGUGGAGUGCAUGCACUGCAGCCAGAAGACGUAAAGUUAGGGCACUAUAUGGAUGGAGCCCUGAGCAACAACAUGCCUCUGUUUGAGCAGAGAAACACCAUCACUAUGGCCCCGUUCUCUGGCGAGAGUGACAUUUGCCCCACAGAGGGUACAUUCAACUUCUUCGAAGUGCACUACAGCAACUUUAGCAUCCAGGUCAACACCGGCAAUGUGCAUCGGAUCUGUACAUCCUUCCUCCCUCCCACACUUGAACUGGCUGAGAUCUGCCACAACGGCUACGUGGAUGCUCUUCAUUUCCUGAGAGAAAGAGAUCUGCUUGGAACGCAGUAUCCUCCCCUCAGUUUGAUGGUGGAGACGGACACAGUCAAGCCUGCUUGUUGUGAGCCCGUGAAGACGCUUUUGAAGGGACAAGACCCUCAUCAGGAAGAUCAUUGGUGGCUGGAUGUGAAAGUCAUAGAGCACCUCCCAGUUAGCUUCAAGAAAGUGCUGUGUGAGGCGUGCAGGGACAGUCAUUGUGGCAACACCCAGUGGUCUCAGCUCACUGAGUUCCUUCCAGUGAAAGCAGUUCUGUAUCUGCUGGCCCUCCUCAUGCUGCCCAUUGAGCUGACCUUCUCGCUCACCAAAAGCAUAUUACCACUGUGGACAUCGACUGCAGAUCUCUGCAAGCAGACAUGGAGCAGCAGAGCCAAGGAUCCCAACAGCGCAUUGUCAGAGCAGCAUUGCAGCAGAAAGCCCUCUAACUCAGACUGGAGUAGACCAAAACAUUAAACCCUUGACCUCAACGCUUACCUCAAAUUCUGCCAAACUCUUCAGUGGGACAACAGCGGUACCCUUGACCUCUUCUAACGCACAUCUACCUGUACAGGCCCUUCCAACUUCCCCACCCCCAAUACACCUGCAUGGUGAGGUGACUUUAAACCACAGAUAAACAGACACUUCAUCACCCAUCAACCAGGCAGGAAAAAAUACUGUUUAUCAUUGCAGAUGUAAAACCUUUUAUGAAUGGAAUAUGAUAUUUAUCACUUAUGUUAGAUUUAUCAGAAAUAGAGUAGCUUAUUUAUAAUCUUUUAACACUUGUGUACUUCCGUAUAGAAGAAAUGCUUGUUUGGAUUUGUCGGACUCAUAUGUAUCGACUCAAAAACCACCCGGCAUUGUGACCAAAAGCUUAACCUAACUAUUCCCAAUGAUCGUACUUUUAAAGUGUAAUUAGCCUGACCUUAAUCAAAUGAAAUGAACGUACCUUUGUUGAAUGACCAGCAUUUUGAACGCAGUGCAUAAAAUCAAGUUGGUCAAGAGUUGACAAGGAGGGUUAUCUGCUGAAUGCAGCCAUUACAUUGCCAAUAUUUGGUUUACUUUUAGACUGUAUAAAAAAAAAAAAUCUCUUCUGGUUUCAGUUAACAAAAUGUGUACGGCUUCGCUGCAGUAUUAUAAGUAAACAAUGUUGGUACAGAAAUAUUUUCAUAGGAUGCGAGUUUAGUAACAUGUGAAACCAAUUCAAAGAUAUACUGUAAACAUCAGGUAGUUUGGUCAUGACAUAAGAUGUUAAAGGUUAUGUCUAACAUUGUCAAUUUACCUGUGCUGAAACAUUUUUGGGGGCACUCUGUUACUGUGAAAUCCAGUUCCACAACCUAGCGCACAACCUUUGUUGCAUGUCAGCCCUUCUCUUUCCAUGUUGGCCUCCAUUUUCUACUGUUUUCUGUUAUAUAUUCUCUCUACAAAAUAAAACACCUCUACGUUUGUA